AUGACCUGUGUGUCCUUGACUUCUGCUUCUCACAGACCAGCAGAGUUAUUUGUCUUCUUUUGCUUAUUUACAGCUACACUAAAGAUCAACAGUGAGCUCAGAAGUGUGAAAAGAUUGCAGCUGCUGCCAGGAUCAUUUAUUUGCAAAGCAGAACCAGGGGAAAAUGUAGCCAAGAUAUACAAAGAUCUUCAGAAGCUCUCUCGUCUCUUCAAAGACCAGCUGGUGUAUCCUCUUCUGGCUUUUACCCGACAAGCACUGAACCUGCCAGAUGUAUUUGGAUUGGUAGUCCUUCCGUUGGAGCUGAAGCUGCGGAUCUUCCGACUUUUGGAUGUUCGUUCAGUUCUUUCUUUGUCUGCAGUUUGUCGUGACCUCUUUAUCGCUUCAAAUGACCAGCUGCUGUGGAGGUGUUUGUAUCUGCGGGAUUUUCGAGAUGGUGCUGUUAGAGCUCGAGACACAGAUUGGAAAGAACUGUACAGGAAGAGGUACAAACAAAGAAAAGAAGCUCAGAGAGGGCGCCAUGUGCUGUUCCCGCCAUCGCCGCCCCACCCACCCCCAUUCGGCCCCGGCCCCUGGCGCCCCAGGCCUUUUCCUCCCAGCUCUCUCAUUCCUCCAGGAAUUAUUGGUGGAGAAUAUGAUCAAAGAUUAACACUUCCCUUUGCUGGGGACCCCAUCAAUUCACUCAUCCCUGGGCCCGGGGAGACACCAGGCCAGUUCCCUCCACUCAGACCACGUUUUGAUCCAAUUGGCCCGCUUCCGGGACCUGACCCCACCUUGCCAGGGCGAGGUGGCCCAAGUGACAGAUUUCCCCUACGGCCCAGCAGGGGUUGGCCAACUGACGGCCGGCUACCGUUCAUGUGAUUGGUUUGUAAUCUCACUUCUGGAGCUUGUUUGGUUUUUCCUUUUUAAAACCACAGCUGUCAUCUUGUCGGGGUGCUGAUCUCUAGUGUUUUCUGAUUGUGAUGGUGAGGAAUGCACUCACACUGGCCUUUCAGUAAAUCUACUCAAAGCUCCAGGGGCGCUAGGGCCCAGAGGGUCCUGUAUGACUGGCUUGGCCUGGGACAUAGUUGGCUCUUGACCUCCCCGCUCUGAGUUCCCCUCUUGAGUGAAGGUUGUUCACUGAUAAAUGUUCUGCAUCAGAUUAAAAAAAAUUAAGUAUAAAUCA